AUGGCCACUAAGGCUCGUCGCAUCCCCAUGGCUUACCGCAAGAGGUCAGGAGCUCAGGGGGUCGCCGUGUCGACAGACCCGCCCCCAGCUCGCCCAUGCUCCGCCCCUUACUCCCCGGAGGACCUUCCAGCUGAGGCAGCCCCCAGAAGCCCCUCCCACCAGGAAGAGGAGGAAGAGGAAGUAGCAGUGACCCAGCACAGCAACCAAUCUUAUCCCGACACCCAGCAUGGAGGCGGUUGCCAUGGACACUCCCAUGGAGGAGGCGGUCACCAUGUGGACAGUCUGGACGAUGGAGACUCCAGCUCUGACUACGUCAACAACUCGUCGGAUGAGGAUGAUGAUGAGGAAGAGGAGGAGGACUAUGAUGAAGGUCUGCCGGAGGAGGAUGAAGGGGUGACCUACUACAUACGCUACUGCCCUGAGGAUGACAGCUACCUGGAGGGCUUGCCCUGCCAGGGUCCCAGCCACCACCACCCAGGGCCCCCGGUCCCCACACCUUCUCCUCCACCCCAGGCUGACACGGAUGAGUGCCAGGAGGCCGUGGAGGCGUGGGUUGAGGAGGGCGAGGACGAGGAGGAGGAGGAGGAGGAGCAGGAGGAGGAGGAGGAACUGGAGGAGGAGGAGGAGAUCGUGGCGGAGGUGGUGGUCGGGGUGGUGGGGGAUGCCCUUCGCUGCGAGGUGCUCCAGCAGGAUGAUGCAGAGGACCAGCAGAUGUAUGACGGCCGGCCUGAGCCCGUGCUGGACCACCUGCCCUCUCAUCCACAUCCGCAUCCUCCCCAGCAACAGCAGCAUCAGCCAGCAGGUGCUGCAGGACGAGGCGGAGGACAUGUAUGUGUGGUGCAGGAGGGUGAGAAGAGAGACAGGAUGAGGGCAAGGAGGGAUGUGGGCCGGGCGUACGUCGUCAGCAGCGGAGGAGGAGGAGGUGGAGGAGGAGGUGAAUACUACGGUGCCCCGGAGGACAACGGGAACUCAGUUUCCCAAUAUCGGGGCGGUGGCGCACCACCAUCACCAGCACAACAAGUGACGGAGACUGGUGAUGUGGGGGUGGUGUCCGCGGUCACUAACGUGGGCAUGGGCACCGUGGUGGAGCCAGGUGCUGGAGAGGAGACGGAGGAGGACAUCGACCAGAUCGUGGCCGAGAUCAAGAUGAGCAUGAGCAUGUGCAGCCUGAGCAGCGGCAGUGCCAGCGCCACCGACCAGAGCCCCGAAGACCUGCCCCAGGACCCCCCCUGCAACGGCCCCUACGUGCCCCAAAACGAGGCGCAGGGCCGGGGAGGCAAGCCUCCUCCCACCACCUCCUACCCCCAGGCUCCACACCGUCACGACGGGAGGCCCAAGUCGCUGAACAUCCCCACAGCCCGCCACUCCCACUCCCAGCAGCAGCAGCAGCAGGAGACCGGGGGGCAGAGGGGCUACAAGACGCAACAGCGCACCCAGGAGGACAGGCAGAGAUGGGCACAGGAGCAGGUGACCAAUGGGGCAGAACAGCCCAGGAAGCAGCAGCGUUCCGACCUCAACGUUCCCCUGGAAAACAACAAUGUUCCUGAGCCGACCAAGAAGACCUCCUUCCCCAGCUUUGUAGAUGUCCCAGGUCCGUGUGAGCCAGAGGACUUGAUCGAUGGGAUCAUCUUUGCUGCUAACUACCUGGGCUCCACUCAGCUGCUGUCAGAGCGUAACCCCUCCAAGAACAUACGCAUGAUGCAGGCACAGGAGGCAGUCAGCAGGGUCAAGCGGGUGCAGAAGGCUGCCAAAAUCAAGAAAAAGGCGACCCCAGAGGGCGAUGCUCAGACGCUGACUGAGGUGGACCUCUUCAUCUCAACCCAGAGGAUCAAAGUCCUCAAUGCAGACACACAGGAGACCAUGAUGGACAACGCCCUGCGCACGAUCUCGUACAUCGCGGAUAUUGGCAACAUCGUGGUGCUGAUGGCGCGCCGGCGAAUGCCGCGCACGGCCUCUCAGGACUGCAUUGAGACCACACCUGGCGCCCCCGAGGCCAAGAAACAAUACAAGAUGAUCUGCCACGUCUUCGAGUCCGAGGACGCCCAGCUGAUAGCCCAGUCUAUAGGCCAGGCCUUCAGUGUGGCGUAUCAGGAGUUCCUGCGGGCCAAUGGCAUCAACCCAGAGGACCUGAGCCAGAAGGAGUACAGUGACAUCAUCAACACCCAGGAGAUGUACAACGAUGACCUCAUACACUUCUCAAACUCCGACAACUGCAAAGAGCUCCAGUUGGAGAAGGCUAAAGGAGAGAUAUUGGGCAUAGUGAUAGUGGAGUCGGGUUGGGGCUCCAUCUUGCCUACAGUGAUCCUGGCCAACAUGAUGAAUGGGGGUCCGGCGGCCCGCUCCGGCAAGCUGAGCAUCGGGGACCAGAUCAUGUCCAUCAACAACACCAGUCUAGUGGGACUUCCCCUAGCCACCUGCCAGGGCAUCAUCAAGGCCCUGAAGAAUCAGGUGCAGGUGAAGAUGAACAUUGUGAGCUGCCCUCCCGUCACCACCGUCCUCAUCAAGAGACCAGACCUCAAGUACCAGCUGGGAUUCAGCGUCCAGAACGGCAUAAUCUGCAGCCUGAUGCGAGGGGGCAUUGCGGAGCGAGGAGGGGUGCGUGUGGGCCACCGCAUCAUUGAGAUCAACGGCCAGAGCGUCGUGGCAACUGCCCACGAGAAAAUCGUCCAGGCGCUCUCCAACUCCGUAGGAGAGAUCCACAUGAAAACCAUGCCGGCGGCCAUGUUCCGGCUCCUGACGGGCCAGGAGACGCCGCUGUACAUUUGA